AUGAAAUUUAAUACUUAUGAAGAAGCUUAUAACUAUUAUAACCAUUAUGCAUUGUUGAUGGGUUUUGGAAUACGGAAGAGCACGGUGAAUUACUCGAAGAAGACAAGAGACGUGCUGGACAGAAAGUUUGUUUGUGAUAAGGAGGGCUAUAGAUCCAAUAGAGAUAAGAUGGAGAUGCUUUUUCGGCGAGAGACCCGAGUAGGAUGUAAGGCAAUAAUGAGAGUUAAAGUGUUGGAGGACAAAUCGUGGGAGGUCACGGGGUUUGUUGAAGAACAUACAAAUCAUGUGUUGAGUAGUCCAGACAAAGCAAAGAUGCACAGAUCACACCAACAAUUCCAUAAAUCUCAAAGUUGUAAAAAACUUAUUGAGAGUUUGCAAGAAGAAGGUAUGCCUCCAUCCACUAUUUCUCGCGUCAUUAACGCAACCACUGGAAGAGAAGGCGAAUUAGUGACACCACAACAGUGUAUUGAUCACAUCAGAUACCAGAGAGUCAACAAUAUUGGCCAUGAAUGCAUAUCUAUCAUAAAACAUUUUCAGAGUAUGACAGCAAAUGAUCCAGAAUUCUAUUUUGCAAUAGAAGUGGAUAGUAGUGGACAAAUGAGGAGUUCUUCCAUUUGCUCCAUUGUGACAUACAGAACUAAUAAGUUCAGUCUUCCAUUUGCUCCAUUUACUGGUGUGAAUCAUCAUAGGCAGUCCACUUUACUUGGUUGUGCAUUAUUAGCUGAUGAACAAGAAGAUACAUUUGUGUGGUUAUUUGAAGAAUGGCUUAAAUGCAUGCAUGGGGUUGAACCAGGUGCUAUUAUAACAAAUCAGGAUAGAGCCAUGUGCAAUGCUAUUCACUCUGUGUUUCCAAUGACAAGACAUCGUUAUUGCUUUUGGCACAUGCAAAAGCAUAUUACUGAUCAUUUGCCUACUUUCGGUUCUCGUUACGGUGAACAGUUUCAAAUGUAUUGGGGCUUAUGGUGUAAUAGUUCUUCAAUAGAACAGUGUGAAGGAUAUUGGCUAGAGAUGAAGGAGAAGUUUGAUAUAAAUGAAGAAGAGGAUGGAUGGUUGCAAACUGUUUACAAAUAUCGAGAACAUUGGGUGUCAUGUUAUUUGAAAGAUACUUUUUUUGCUGGAAUGAGAUCGAGCCAAAGAAGUGAAAGUAUAAAUGCAUUUUUUGAUGGGUAUGUUAACUCACAGACUCAAUUACACGAGUUUGUAUUACAAUAUGAAAAAGCAUUAACUCAUCGUCGCUUAAGUGAAGCUCAUGAAGAUUUUAAGAGUCUUAACACAAAGCCUGUCAUGCUCCUUGGACAUCCGAUUGAGGUCCAAGCUGGAGAAAUGUAUACACGCAACAUGUUUGAUGUGUUCCAAACCGAAUUCAAAGGAUUUGCUACAGAGUUUUGUGAAGAAUUAAGCAAAGAUGGGGAUAUUAUUGAAUACAAGAUUUGUAAGUUUGCAGAUAGAUCAAAAGGGGAGCUGGUUACUUAUGACCAAUCCACAUUUGAUUCAGAAGAGAGGAUGCAGAAAUUAGACAAUGUGUUAACAAAAUUCAUAGAAGCAUUUGAAGAAGAAGUUAGAGAAACAGAAGAUAUUCCUCAGAUUUCCGCACCCAUUUCACAUACCAUUGAGCACAUUCCUCAGAUUACAGUUCGUGAUCCUGAAAAAUCUGCAAGGACUAAAGGUCGUCCACGCAAUGCUACUAGAAUUCAGUCAGGUUUAGAACAAGCACAACAAAAUAAAGAGAGGAAGAAGCGUAUAUGUAGCAGAUGUGGUGAACUCGGGCAUUAUAGAACUAGCUGUAAAGUCAACUUGCCAAGGUGA